GUUCUUCUAAGUUGCGCCACAUAUAGGCUUCUUUGCAAAAAUGACAAACUCUGAAGAUCAAGUUUGGGAGGACAUGGUUGUAGAAGAAGAUGACGACAACGACGACAACGAAGAAAUAGGGUUUGUAGAAGAUGAGAGGAGGAGGAGAUCGGCUUUAACCGGUGGUCGAGGUGGCAGCGGAGGAGGGAGGGUAACGGUGGCGCGUUGCCAAGCCGAUGGCUGCAAUGCCGAUCUGAGCUGUGCCAGACCGUACCACCGCCGCCACAAGGUCUGCGAGUUCCAUGCCAAGGCGGCGGUGGUGAUUCUGGCCGGAUUGGAACAGCGAUUUUGCCAGCAGUGUAGUAGGUUUCAUGCAGUAUCAGAGUUCGAUGACACAAAGAGAAGCUGCCGGAGGCGUUUGGCCGGUCACAAUGAACGCCGCCGUAAAAUCUUACCAGACUUCCAUGGCCAAUCCUCCACUAAUUGACCACACUCACUCUCCACUCACCCAAUUAAUAAUAAUACUAAAGAAUUAAGAAGAAGGAAAGAGCGUUAUUGGAGUUUUGUUUUGAGAGAGAGGCACCGGUCACCGGCCACUGUCAUGAAAAUGAAUUUUAUGCUCUCUCUCUUCUGUCAAAAGAAAACCCUAAGUUAGCCUCUUUUUCACCGAUUUGGUUUUCUUAUAUUUCUGUUCCAUCAAUGUAAGCUUAAGCUCUAUUAAUUAGACCAAACUUUUCUUUAUAUUUAAAAAUAAUAAUUAAUUAUAGUCUAGACUA